AACCGUUCGUCUUCUCCAAGAGGAAUAAACAGAGAAGAAAGUCACGAAACCCUAACAAUCGGCGGCUAUGGCGGCGACAAAGACACCGACUCUACAAGACGUUGUUUCCGAUAACCUUAACUAUGAACGAUGGGCUCCAAUCGUGAAAACUAAUCUAACUGAAAAAGGACUUUGGGAUGUUGUCGAGAACGGAGUCCCGCCGAAUCCAUCGAAGAUUCCAGAUCUAGCGACGAAGAUUCAACCGGAGGAUCUUUCUAAAUGGAGAGAUUUUGUUGGAAAAGACACAAAAGCGCUUCAGAUUUUGCAGUCUUGUCUCCCGGAAACUGUUUUCAGAUUGACACUCGAGACUGCUUCAGCCAAAGAUCUUUGGGAUUUGCUGAAAUCAGCUAACAAACAAGCCAAGUUAGAGAAGAAACUCGAACAAGUUAAGAUAGAAGAAGGAAAACGUAUCUCGUCAUUGUUCAGUUCCAGUUAUCUGGCUAUCACUAAACUGAUAAUCUCGCUGUCAGAUUCAAAGGAUGGUGCAGCGGAGGAACUCAUGGGUCUACAGAAUCUGACUUUUAACUGUUUUCGUCGGCUUCUUGAUGAAAUUGAAUCAUCAACAGUUGAUGAGACCUUGUAUGAAUUUGUGAAAGGAAUGGAGUUUGAAUCAUCAUACAGUUCUAAAUGUUUUAUCGCAAUGUUAGCCUCCAUGUCAGAUUCAUGUGAUGAUGGUGCAGCUCUGGUGAUGGAGGAACUCAUGGGUGUGAAGAAUCUCACUUUUAACAGUUUUCGUGAGCUUCUUGAUGUAUUUGAAUCAGUACCAAUGGAGACCAUCUAUGGAAUUAUGGAAGGAUCUGAGGUUGGAUCAUCACUACAAUCGAAAGAAGUUUGUGUUUCAGCCAAAGUUCUUAAGGAUUUGCUAAAAGAAGCUAACAAACAAGCCAAGUUAGACAAGGAAUUCAAACAAGUUAGGAUGUUUGAAGGAGAACGUAUCUCAUCAUCACAAUCUAAAGAACCUGAUUCGAAAAGGGUCAUGAGAUCUAGGCAUGAAAGAGGAGAGUGUAUUCAAUGUGGAGGUAAAGGGCAUGUCUUCAAAGACUGUAUCAAUAGAAAGAAGAAUGAAGCAUUACCUGAGUAUCAAAUGUUAGCAUUCAAUAUGGCACAGGCAGACUACGGAAUUGUAAUGACCGCUCACAAAUGCACUAUAAAGGAUCAGAGUGGGAGACUAUUUGGUGAAUCCAUGUGGGAAGAGAGAGGCUUUUUUCUGCGUUUGGAGGUGGUUGAAGGGGAUUGGUGGGCGGCGAGAAGACCGAAUCUACAAGACAUUAUUUCCGAUGACCUAAACAUUGAAGUCUGGUCGGCGAUGAUGAAAACCACGCUAACGGAGAAAGGACUUUGGGAUGUGGUUGCGAAUGAAAUCCCGCCAGAUCCAUCGAAGAUUCCAGAGUUGGCGGCGAAGAUUCAAGCCGAAGAGCUUUGCAAUUGGAGAGAACUUGCGAGAGAAGACAUGAAAGCACUCCAGAUAUUGCAGUCUUCUCUCACAGAUUCUGUUUUUAGAAUGACUCUCUCUGCUGCUUCGGCUAAGGAUCUUUGGGAUAUGCUAAACCAAGUACCUGAUCAUGUAAUUGAAUGUUUUGAUGAUGAUAAUAGCCCAGUUUAUGAGAAUGUCUGGAAGAUAAGCUCCACUAACUCGAAUCAUAUAACUUCAUAUGAGAAGUUUUUCACCACUUUAGACAGAUCGCGGAAAGCUAUGGUUAGAUUCACAAAUGGAGAUACUACCAUGGCAGAAGGAAUUGGAGAUGUGACUAUCAUGACUCAAGAAGGUAAGAAGACGAUCAAGAAUGUUCUUUACGUUCCAGGGGUCGUGGGAAAUGCAUUGAGUGUUUCUCAGAUGCUGAGGAGUGGCUUUGAAGUUAGAAUGGAUAGAGAAAGAUGCACUAUAUGGGAUCGGACGGCUAGGAAUUAUUUUGGUGAAACCAUGUUGGGAGAGAGAGGCUUUCGCAUGCGUUUGGAUGUGAUUGAAGGUCAUUUUCAAAGCAAGAAGAGAAAAUUUACUUAAGUUUAAUUUUAGAGGCAGGACAAUAGACUGUUUUACAUGAUCAUGUAGUUCAAAGCAAGAGAGAGGCUUUUGCCUGCGUUAUGUUCUUGGAAAGUUUCUCACUAACACUAAGUUAGGGUGCCUUGUUGAUUUAGUAUGAUUCCAUCUGUCGAGUUUAGUUAGCUUCUAUCAUAGUCUCUUAUGGGUUGUUCUCUCCUUUCAUUGUAUCCUUUGCCUCGUAGUUUACUACUUUG